CAGAUAAUAAUACUUCUGAAGGAACUUAUAGAGAUAACCAAAGCUCCUCUAAAACAAAUGAGCAAAAGGUAGAAGACAUGCAAGCUAACUCAGAAGACCCUCCUCUGAAGAAUAAAGGAAAAAACAAAAAAAUUUUCUUUACAGAAAACAACAAAGAAAAUAAUACACGUGAGAUAGAAAAAAACCUAGAAAACAAACAAAAACACGUAAAUACUACACAUGACUUGUCAAACACAACAA